CCAAUCGUUUUGUUAUUCAUUCUCAUUGUCACAGCUUGGAGAUGACCUUUUUCUCUCCUCUCUCUGUCGCUCUCGCUCUGUUUUUCUUCGCUCAGUGACGGUGACAAGCUGUUGCUCUGUCCCCCUUGGCAACUCCCUCUCUUUCCCCUCCCUCUCCCUCUCUCUCUCUCUCUCUCUCUCUCCACCUGUUGAUGCCAUUGUUGCUCAGCCAGCAUUGUCUUUUAUUUUUUUACACUCUACUCAUUUUACACACCCCUCUAUUAUUCUUCCACUUUCUCACUUUCUUCGUCACCAGUCACUCUUUCUCCUCGAGGACGUAUAUAAGAGGGAACAGGAGAGAAGACGGGUAAGAACAACACGGGAACAACAGAGAAAAACACACACAGAGACACUUACCAGCACGCAUUCACACAAGUAAACACGAGCACUUUAAGGAGAAACUGGCACUUGUUUGCGCUUACGUUUUAGUACAGUACACUUUUAAGCAAGUGUUUUAUUUUCAGGGGAGUGAGAAAACACUUCUCACACACUUUAAACGUCUCGGCUGUUGGAUCACAACCGUCGGUGGGAGUGAUGUCUGUGUCUCUGUGGUGUGAAGAAGAAGAGGUCCAGGACAGGACUCAGGGUCGGGAGUCUUCAGUCAGAGCCCCAUGGGACCCAAGUGCCUCUGGAUUGAGGGUCAUACAGAGACUUCUGCAGUCAGAGGGAAGGUAUCUGCCCUCUCCACUCUAUACCUCGCUCAUCCAGAGAGAACCUCACCGGAGAGAGGAGCUAGCCAAGUGGACCAUGGAGGUGUGCUGUGAAUGUGAUUGUGAUGAAUCUGUAUUCCCUCUGGCCGUCUCACUGUUGGAUCGAUAUCUGUCUGCCACUCUAUCCCUGCCCGUCUCGCCAACCUGUCUGGCUGCAGCUUGUAUCCUGGUGGCCUCCAAACUUACAGAAUGUGACACAGUUAGUGCAGAUAACCUGUGUGCGGCAGCUGAGUACGACUUUAUGUCAUCCAACCUUCGGGAAAUGGAGCGUGUUGUCCUGGCCACCCUGCGAUGGGAUGUGGCAGCCGUGACUCCUCAUGACUUUCUCCCACACUUCCUUGUCACUCUCGGGGAGCUCAAGGAUGGCGCCACACAUACAGGAGAUUUUCUCACAACCCUGCGACGCCACAGCGACACACUUGUCGCCAUGUGUGUGUGUGACUCUCGUUUUCUGGGAACACCUCCGUCUCUGGUAGCGGCAGCAGCACUGAACUCUGCCCUUCGGGGGUUAAGGAUCAAGACUGCACUGGAACUGAGUGUUAUGACCUCUGCACUGGCCACGCUCUGUCAGACUGAUGUGGCCGUGUUACAGUGCUGCACUGAGCUGAUAGAGGGAGCUCUCAGAGAGAGGCUGAGAAAUGGUGCUCAGGAAGGAAAAGAUGAUGAUAUUGAAGAUGAAAGAGCCAGCACUCCCACUGACCUAAGAGAAAUAGACUUUUAAAACAGGGUUAACUUAUGAGUAAUAUUUAUUAUGACUGUUUUUCUGGAGUCUGCAUUUUAUUUAUCAGUCAAACUGAAUUGAACAAUGUGACAUUUGUGUCGUCUUAAGUAACUUUUGAAGUGUUCUAAUUUAUUUUUAUUUAUUUGUUUGAGGGAUUGAGAUUUACUUGUGCCAUAUUUAUUACUUAUUUUACCAUUACUGUAAUUGUGAUUUUUUUUUAUGUAUUUCAGGUUAACCUUAUGUGUUACAUUUUAAUUACAUUUUAAUAGUCAAUUUAUUAUAAUAUUAUUUAUUGUGUGCAAUUUGUUUAUGUUUAAUUUAUUGUCUUU